AUGUGUGCUGUCAAUACUAUGAAAAUGCUCAAAGACUGGGAUUCUGGUUCCAAGUCUACUAGAGCUGCAAUACUACGAUCCUUUAUUGCCGAUAUGAACGAUAGGACUGGUCCGGAUCUGGAAGCAUACUUUUCUGAUGCAGCAAGCCUAUUCUUGGUUAGGCUUACGGCUUGGUUGAGAAUGACCCAAAAGUUCUUAAUUGAAUUUCUUGAAGUUGGAGGAGUUUUAACAACACUAGAAAUUCUUGGAGCAAAAGCUACAAAAGAGAAAGAUAAAUCACAAGCGCUAAGAUUGUUAAUUGUAAUCUCUAACUACGGAAGAAAAUAUAAAGAAAUUAUUUGUGAAAGUUUCGGAGUAAGAGCUAUCACUGAAUGCCUAGCAAAGUCAAAAUCAGAAGAAACCCAAGAAAACGCGAAGGCAGUUAUGUUGCAAUUAGCAGAGGGAAAUCCACGCUUCCAAAAUCAAGUCUACAAAGCUUUCAUCGCUCUAAUGUCUUCAUCGUCCCCUAAAGCACAACAAUUAUCCGUUCAAGGCCUUAAAGUUGUUCAGCAAAUUGUGGAAACUGCGAAUCCAAAUUUGGUACAACCUCUAAUUAAUUUAUUGAAAAGUCUUCAUUUAGAAGUUCAAUAUGAAGCACCGUUGCCGGUUCAUGUUCAGCAAGCAGCAGCAGCAAAAAUAAUAGGUGUCUUGAGUAAAGAGUCAAGCGAAGUUAGCAAAGAUUUACUUCAGUUAGGGGUAAUCCAUAAUCUACUGAUUGCGGCGGGAAAUGCUAGUCAUCCGGAUAGUCAGAGACAAGCAGGAAUAGCACUUGAGCACUUUAUUAACACUUACCCAAUUGUAAAAGAAUAUGUCAUGAAGGCAUUAGGAAGGCCAUUUUUCACUGAAUUCAUGGAACGCCCCGAUACUAUUUAUUCAAGUAUGACUUCCAUUCAACUAGAUGUUUUGACGUCUAACAACGUUGAUAUUCCGUCAGCCUUAAAAUAUGCAUCGAGGUGA